AUGGCGGCUCAUCCGCUAUUGCUUGACCACACCCCAACCGUACCCCAGUCAAAAAAGGACAGAUACAAACCGAUGCAGCCCAAGUUUGCCUCUAUCAAGGCAAAUGUUCGAAAUGUGCCCACACCAACGCCUCCCCCGCCUCCAAUAGCAACUCCGAGUCCUUCUGCCAAUCCAUAUAGCGUCGCCGGAAAGGACGGGCAAGGAGCCACUGGAUUCGACGGCGCACCUCGAGAAAGAGGUAGUCGAUCGUUCCGUUUCAAUCCGAAGGGAAAGUAUGUGGCCUUGGCGAAUCAACAAAGGCAGGAGGCGCAGCUUGAGGCAUUGAAGCAGCGUAUUGCCGAGAGCGCACGUAAGGCUGGAUUGGAUGGCGACAUGGGUAUCGAGAAGACGAUCAAGCGUGCUGCACCACCUGACGCUGAGUGGUGGGAUGCAGCGUUGCUCCCAACCAAGAGCUAUGAUGAUAUUGAGAUGUUUGGUUUCGAACAACUCAAUAUUAGGACGUCGGAUUCUCCUAUCACAAUAUACAUCCAGCAUCCUAUUCCCAUCCCUGCUCCUGGGGAGAAGAACAAAAUAGCGUUCAAGCCUAUGAUGUUGACUAAGAAGGAGCAAAAGAAGAUGAGGAAAUUGAGGAGGAAGGAGGUGUUGCAAGAUAAGAGAGAUCGGAUUCGAAUGGGACUGUUGCCUCCUGAUGCCCCCAAAGUGCGGCUAGCCAAUCUUAUGAAAGUUCUAACGUCGGAUGCCGUCCAAGACCCGACCCGAGUCGAGGCUCGCGUGAGACGUGAAGUAGCACAGCGCAAGCACGGACAUGAAAAAAUGAACGCUGAACGCAAGUUGACUGACGAGCAACGUCGCGAAAAGGUUGAGGCGAAGAAGGCAGACGAAGAAAAGAAGGGCAUUUAUGGUGCGGUGUACAAGGUCAAGAUUCUGAGCGACCCCGCACACCAGUUCAAGGUCCGGAAGAACGCGGAACAGCUGAACCUCACUGGGGUCUGCAUCUUCAACCCUCAUUUCAGCAUGGUCUACGUGGAAGGCGCAGCCAAAUUCAUGCGGAACUACAGGCGGCUCAUGAUGACGCGCAUUGCCUGGUCCGAGGCCGCACGUCCCCGGGGCGGGGAGGACGCUGGUGCAAGCACCUCCGCUGUUGCUGCGAAAGGAACGGCUACUGACGGCGUGCGGUCUUUGGAGGAUAACAAGUGCUAUCUCGUUUGGGAAGGUAUGCUGAGGGAUCGGGCGUACAACAAUUUCAAGGCGAAGAGUUGCCCCACAGAUAGGGAUGCGAAGGAGUUGUUGGGUGACAGGUUGAAGGGGUAUUGGGAUAUGGCUAAGAAUUGGAAGGCUGAAGAAGAGGAGCUGUUUUGA